AUGGUGGCACAAUCAAGAACGAUUUGCACUACAUUGUCUAGAAUGGUGGCACAAUCAAAUGUUGGUGACACAAUUCUCUUUUAUUUUAUUGGACAUGGUAAUAGAUCUGUUGCUUCCUAUGCUAACAACACCGGACAUGAUGAAUAUUUCCAACUAAAAGAGAUAGCGGAAUAUGUUCCGCCUGGAGUUAACUUCACUGUAGUAGCUGAUUGUUGUCACUCGGGCGGACUCAUUGAAGGUCUGAAUGAAGUAAUAGGAAAUAGCAUAAGAGCACCUCACUAUACAAAUAAACGGGCACCAAAGAGUAAUUUUAUAAAAGCAACACGAGCACCAAGUGAUUAUUCGUUGGGUGUACUCAUUAGUGCCGCUCAAAGUGAUGAAAAAGCUAUGACAAGAUUUGAUCCAACUUUUAACGAGAAGGGUAGCUGCUUGACUCAAGCAAUACUACAUGUCAUCACUCAAAAACAAGGAGUUGUCACAAAUUUGGAUCUAGUUAAUCAAGUGUCAAGAUUUUUUAAAGAACGGAAUGUUGGUCAAAAUCCUGGAUUAUAUUGUGAUGUGAUUGAGAGUAAUUCCUAUUUUUUGGGACUCAAGGGAUUAGAAGGACGUGUUAAAAACAAAGACAAGGAAAAGGAAAAACUAGGAAAGGGGAAAGAAAAAAUGUAG